UUAGAACCAUCUAUCUCAAGUUCUAAGAAACUAAAACAAAGAACUUCUAGUUUUAUGUUCACAUAUCAAGCCACGUAUAGAUAGAUAGAUAGAUAGAGAGAGAGAGAGAGAGGAAAGCAUAAACAAAUGGCUACUUCAAUUUCUGUUGGUUCAUCCUUCUAUGGAAGCUGGGGAACUUCCAUGGUUGGUGAAGAUUACACCAUGUUGGCCAAGUCAUCAGUGCCAUCACAAGUUCGAAUGGGAAGAGGAAAGCCAGUGAGAUUGCAACCAAUGAUGAAGAAUGUCAAUGAAGGGAAAGGUGUGUUUGCACCUAUUGUUGUGGUCACACGUAAUAUCAUUGGCAAGAAGCGUUUCAAUCAGCUUAGAGGCAAAGCCAUUGCUUUACACUCCCAGGUAAUUACAGAAUUUUGCAAAUCAAUAGGAGCAGAUGCAAAACAGAGACAAGGGCUGAUCAGGUUGGCAAAGAAGAACGGAGAAUGGCUUGGGUUUCUUGCAUGAUAGAUUUCACAAAAAUGUUCCACAUUUUGUAAUUACCAUGUGAGAAAGUUUCAAGUUUAAACUUGAUGGUUUUCAAUUGACAGCACAAUGUAAACUAGGAACUCAUCUCAAGUUGUGAUUUUUCAUUAA